AUGGAUAGAAAUCGUCAAUUGUUAUUAGUGAUAGGGGUCCUUUUCCAUUUUUUUUAUUUAUGGUCGAUUUUUGAUAUUUAUUUUGUAUCACCAUUAGUUCAUGGUAUGGAUCAUCAUAAAUCCACUUGGACUCCACCAGCAAAAAGACUAUUCUUAAUUGUUGGAGAUGGAUUACGUGCUGAUAAAACUUUCCAAAAAUUGACUCAUCCACGUACUGGUGAAGAAAAAUAUUUGGCACCUUAUUUACGUAGUUUAGCUUUAAAUAAUGGGACUUGGGGGAUUUCUAAUACAAGAAUGCCAACAGAAUCAAGACCAGGUCAUGUGGCCAUGAUUGCGGGGUUUUAUGAAGAUGUGAGUGCUGUCACUAAAGGAUGGAAAGAAAAUCCUGUUGAUUUUGAUUCAUUUUUCAAUCAAUCUAAACAUACUUAUUCAUUUGGACUGCCGGAUAUUUUACCAAUGUUUGCCUUUGGUGAUGGAGUUGUCCCCGGCAGAAUCGAUGUUUGUAUGUAUGGACAUGAAUUUGAAGAUUUCACUGCUAGUUCAAUUGAAUUAGAUGCUUAUGUUUUCCAUCAUUUGGAUGAAUUGAUGCACAAUCUGACUACUAAUGCAACGUUGAACGAUGAGUUGAGACAAGAUGGCAAUGUUUUCUUCUUACAUUUGUUAGGACCAGAUACUGCAGGUCAUGCAUAUCGUCCUUAUUCUGCUGAAUAUUAUGAAAAUAUAGAGUAUAUUGAUAGGAAACUAGAAGAAGUGAUACCACAAAUUAACAAGUUUUUCGGUGAUGAUCAAACAGCAUUUGUAUUUACUGCUGAUCAUGGUAUGUCUGAUUUUGGAUCUCAUGGUGAUGGUCAUCCUGAUAAUACCAGAACUCCAUUGAUAGCUUGGGGUGCAGGUGUUAAGAAACCAAUACAUUUAAAGGACGUUUCCAAUUUGGAAGAGCAGUUAUCUAAGCAAUCCCCUGAAAAUAGUGGAUUUGAAUCUACUUAUUUUGAUACUUGGGAACUUGACCAUCUUGUUAGAAAUGAUGUUAAUCAAGCUGAUAUUGCAUCUUUAAUGGCUUAUUUAAUUGGUGCCAACUAUCCUGCCAAUUCAGUCGGUGAAUUACCAUUGGGUUAUAUUGAUGCUGACCCGGUGACAAAAGCUAGAGCAUUAUACGCCAACUCCUUAGCCAUUGUCGAACAGUAUUUUGUCAAAGAACAAGAAGUUUACAAUCAUCAAUUCAAAUUUAAACCAUACAAUCCAUUUGAAGAAAAAAGUAUUCAAGAUUAUCAACUGGAGAUUGAGUCUUUAAUUGAUCAACUUGAAAAGAACGCUGGUGAUGAAAUCGAGAAAAAAGUUAUUAAAACAAUUGAGGAAUUAAUGAAAACAACUUUAGAUGGAUUGACUUAUUUGCAAACUUAUAAUUGGUUACUACUUCGGUCUAUUGUUACUUUAGGUUUUUUUGGUUGGAUUGUUUAUUCAUUCAACAUUUUUUUGAAAUUAUUUGUAUUGAAUGAAGACGAAUUGAAACUAACUCCAGAAUUUUCCAUACCUUUAGUUGGUGCAUUUGGAGCAUUAGCAGCAUCUAUCAAUUAUUUAUUAUUUUAUCAAAAUUCUCCAUUUAAUUAUUACAUGUAUGCCGCUUUCCCAUUAUAUUUCUGGUAUACAAUUUUAAAUGAAAGAAAAUAUUUGACAGCAGGGAUUGAAUCAUUCCUUCAUGGGAUUUCCAAUACGACAAAAUUUCUAAUAGUAGCCUCAUUUAUUGGAAUGUAUGAAGGCAUUGCUUAUGGAUUUUUCGAAAGAGUGAUGUUUUCGGUGAUUUUUAUAAUCAUUGGUAUUUAUCCAUUAUUAGUUCAAGGUGCACACAAGGUCUCUGGAUUAAUGAAAAUUAUUUGGUUUACUAGUUGUUUGUUAAUGUGUACUUUUACCAACUUGGAUCCAGUGAAAAUAGAGAGUUUAUUUCAAAUCAAUGUUGGGACAAUUUUUGCAUUGAUUGUUAGUAUCAUGGGGACAAAACAAGUAUUCAAAAGAAAAGAAGUAGGACCGAUUCAAAAACAAUUGGUUAUUGCUCAAAUUGCUAUUAUUCCAAUAAUUUUAUUUGCCACUAACAUCUCUGUAUUGUCAUUACAAGCUAGAACAGGAUUACCAUUGUAUUCACAAGUUUUGGGUUGGAUAACUUUUAUUGUUUCUUUGAUAGUAUUACCAGUAUUACAUUUCAUUAAUCCUUCUAGUGAUUAUCAAUUGAGACUAUUAAUUAUAUUUUUAACAUUUGUCCCCACAUUUGUCAUUUUAACAAUUUCAUUUGAAUUAUUAUUUUAUGUUGGGUUUUCAUUGAUUUUAUUACAAUGGUUAUCAAUAGAAGAAUUAUUGAAAUUUUCUCAUAAGGAAUUAGUGAAAACAUUUGAAAAAACCGGGAGAUUACCUAAAGGAUAUUGGUUACAAGUUAUACGUAUUACUAUUAUUGGGUUUUUCUUUUUACAAUUGGCAUUUUUCGGUACUGGUAAUAUCGCCUCAAUUUCAUCAUUUUCUUUAGAUUCAGUUUACCGUUUAAUACCUAUUUUUGAUCCAUUUUCAAUGGGGGCAUUAUUAAUGAUAAAAUUAAUUAUUCCUUAUGUUUUGUUAUCAACUUGUCUUGGAAUAAUGAAUCAUCAAUUAGAAAUUAAAAAAUUCACCAUUAGUACUUUGAUUAUUUCAACAAGUGAUUUCUUGUCAUUAAAUUUUUUCUUCUUGGUUAGAACUGAAGGAAGUUGGUUGGAUAUUGGUGUUUCAAUAUCAAAUUAUUGUUUAGCUAUAUUGAGUUCAUUAUUUAUGUUGAUUUUAGAAUUGAUUAGUUCGGUUGUAUUGAGUGGUGUUGAAUAUAAUUCGAUCGGUACUAAAUUAGACUUUGAACCUAUAAGUCAUAGAGUUAGAAAAAGAAGAGUUACAUAG